CGUUACUGUAGUAUUGUGUAGUUGUAUAGUGUGUAAUGACGAGACCACAGUUCAUCAGGUUUAGACAGGUUUAGAUAAGAUUAAUCGAAUAUAUCAAUUGUGCGUACUCCGAAUCUUUCACCUGCGUAUCGGUGGUGCAAAAACGAAGACGAAAAAUGUCCGGCUUUGACGAAAAUCCCUUCGGGGAACCUACAAUCAAUGAUCCGUUUUCGGAUCCAGCGAUACAAAGAGCAGUAAAUUCUACACCUGCUAGUAGAAGUCUUGAAGACUACAAUCCUUUUGCUGAACAAGGUCCUCAAGGAACUACACAAGUUAGAGGAGCAGUAAAUCCACCUAUUUAUGGUGGAGUCGGUGCAACCCAGCAACCAGCCACACUUCAACCUACUAAUCAAGAAGCACCUCCUCCUGCAUAUGCUCGCACUCCCCAACAAACAGUCAAUGCGGCUCUUGGAAGUCCUAUGUCAUCUUCGGCAGAUCAACGAUCAGAAGCAGAAUGGAAGGCCAGAUCGGACGAAGAAAUGAGAAAUACACCUUACUAUCCAAGGAGAAAUAAUUGGCCACCACUAGCAGAUAACUGCUGUUUUCAACCAUGCUACUAUCAAGACAUUGAUGUGGAAAUUAAUAUAGAUUUCCAAAAGAUUCUGAGACAAUUAUAUUACUUAUGGAUGUUUCACUGCGUUAUUCUACUAUUUAAUAUACUCGGAGGAUUUCUUUUGGCGAUACGUGGCUAUGGUAUAUCAUAUUUUGGCCUGCCUCUUUUGUAUGCCGUACUCUUUACUCCAUUUUCCUUCAUGUGUUGGUUUAGACCAGCGUACAGGGCUUUCAAGAACGACAGCUCUUUCAAUUUUAUGGUCUUUUUCUUCGUCUUCUUCUUUCAAUUAAUUGUUACUGGCAUUCAAGCUAUAGGUAUUCCUGGUACAGGAACUUGUGGUAUAAUAACAGCAAUUGGUGCAUUCGACUCAUCGGUCAAAGGUAUUCUUGUCGGUCUUGUAACGCUCUUCGUCGCUAUUUGUUUUCUUCUGGCGACAUGCGGUGAUCUCUUACUGCUCACUAAGAUUCAUCGCAUUUAUCGCACCUCCGAUGCAAGUGUUACGAAGGCGCAACAAGAAUUUGCUACAACAUUCUUACGAAAUGAGCAUGUGCAAAACGCGGCAAGCAAUGUCGCAGCAAGUACAGUUCGUACGCAGAUGACUGACAUUAGCCAAUCGCGUUAUUAAUAAUUUUAUCAUUUAUUUGUCCCAAAAAUACACUAUGUUCUGGCUUUACAUCAUUAAGUGGAUAGAUCUCAUUAAUUCCGCUGUUUAUGGAUCAUACAAAUCGAUCAUGCGAAUGUAUUGCAAAACUUAUUCUUACAAUGCAAUAUAAGAAAAUUGUGCUUCACGAUUAAAUUUAUUCUCUAAUGCACGUUGUGUGAACAACGUUAAUUGUACAGAUACUAUCAGUAAAAUGUCGGAGUAUUAACUUCGGUAUUUCCUUUAAACAAAUCUUUCAAAACCAAUAUGUAUUUGUUGUUUCUAAGUAAUAUUUUAUGCUUCAUCACGUGCAUUUAUUUAUGAAAUCGUCAGAUUAAUAACAAUGGUAUGGCUGAGUUAUUAAUAAUUACAUUCAAAAUUUUAUUAUUUCAUAAUUACUUAUAUUUCCUAGCUUUCAACGGCAUAGUCUCGUAACAAUGUGAUUAUGUGCAAGUUAUAAGAAUAUCACGGUAUUUAAGUUUACUCCAAGUUUAAAUAAUUGUAAGAUUCAAUCUAAAGAACCCACAAUUCCUAUUUUUUAAAAUAUUAAUAUAAACGCUAAUUUUCACAAACAGCCUGUUUCUAAAUCUUGUAAAAUUCUAUACACUCUUGUUUUAUGCAACAUGUUGAAUGACUUCUUUAUUAUGACUGUUAUUUUUCACAUGUAAUGUAAGUUAAAUAACUCGUUUUCACUAGAACGCUGGUAGUGAAACAAUGUUGAUAGAAAGAAGUUGAAGUUCACUCGAAAUUUUAUGAAUCUGUGAAUUGUUUUAUUAUUUAUGCAAACGUUAAUUCAUCAUCAAUGAAUAAUUCAAAGUUAUUUUAAGGAGUUGUUUAUGGUUUUUCUGAUCAGUGUUAAAAAAUAUGGUUGUUAUUUGUUGGAAUUGAAAUAUAUUAAGGUUUAUUUGUACUUCUUCACAUACUAUGAUGAUAAUAAAUACAAUAUAAAUAUAA